AUGACCCUGGUAUUUAUGUGGUGUUUAUUUGCGUCCACUGGAGCGCGGAGAACGGGUGCUGAAGACGGAGAGAAUUCGGAGAAAAUUUACAGUGCAAGAUGCACCUCGCGCUGUCUGACUCUUCACAUGACGCAGCUCACCGCUGCUUUCAAACACCUCCAGAGUGAUGAUGUUUUGGGCUGGUGUGAGAAUCACAGAAGAUGUUCCCAGUGCCUUCAACCUUGCAGGGAAUUGUGGGAAACAAGGAGAAUCAUGUCCCAGAAAGCUUGUGAGAAGCACCACGAGUGUCUCACCAGCUCCGAGUUCCUGAUGACCCUGCAGACGCUGAAGCAAGGAGACUGUCCCCCGCCUCAGAAGGCCUCAGGCUUUGCAGCAGCCUGUGUGGAGAGCUGCAGUGGUGACCGCGAGUGCUCUGGCUCCAAGAAGUGCUGCUCCAAUGGCUGUGGGCAUACCUGCCAGGCACCAGCCAACCUCUUUAAGGGUGUCCCCCUGAAGCCCAAGAAAGACAUGUCCUUCCUGGAGGACCAGCUGGGACAGCUGGAAGUGACCUGGAUGUCCAAGUUCAAUGUGUCAAUUGAGCCAGUGCUAUACGUCCUUCAGAGGAGGUGGAACUAUGGCAUUCACCCCAGUGAGGAUGAUGCCACGCCCUGGCAGACUGUUCUCAUGACCAUGGAGGACCGGGUGGUGCUGAAGGACGUGCGGCCCCACAGAUGGUACCAGUUCAGAGUCAGCGCGGUCAACAGCCAGGGCACCCGCGGGUUCACCACCCCCAGCAAGCAUUUCUUUUCCUCGCGAGAUCCAUUCCCUCCGGAGAUGCCGCGGAAUGUGAGGGGAGGGAAUUUCUCAGUUCGGGCAGACGGCACUGUGAGCGUCCUUCUCCUCUGGGAGCCCCCCGCAGAUGAGGACCUGGCUGUUCACCACUACAAAGUGACCUGGAGUGUCCGUGUGGCACGCAGGACUGGCCACGACAGAAAGGAGAACUCCAGGGUCACUGAGGGGGUUGUCAGUGAGAUAGAACUUGAAGGUCUUCAGCCCAAUACUGCCUAUCUGGUUCAGGUCCAAGCUGUAGCCUACUGGGGCCAGAAACGCCUAAAAAGCAGCAAAUCCCAGUUGACCUUUACCACACCUUCAACAGCAGGUUCUCCGGGAGCAGCCAGUCAGGGCCAGGUGACGGCUGAGGUGUCCAAUGAGCUGCCCACUUCACACUCCACUCCCACUCUUCUUCGGCUGGAGGCAGCCUCACCCCACUACCACAACAACCAGCUUCAGGUCAAAGUGUUCUGGAAGAAGCGCCUUCAGGAAACCGUGAAGGAUUCCACUUUAUACCUACUAAGAUGGUAUCCAGAUGUGUGUGCUAACAAUGUAACAAAGACAGAGAAAACAGCCACUGUCCAGGGAACCCACUUUGUCAUCACUGGCCUGCUGUUUGCCUGUAAGUACAGGGUGGCAGUGAUGCCCAUGUCUGGGCAGGGUCACGGGUCAGAGGCCGUGACUUCCGUGACUACCCCACAAUGCUCCGCUGUGAAAGGCAGGGGGGUGAAGUCUGUGUCCUGUGCAAGGGAGGAGCGCCACCCUCUGGCCAGAAAGGCACAGCAGCGCCCCGAGAGGCUAACGGCUGCCUUUCACACGGUGAAUGGCUCUUUGCAGGGAAUUUUCAGCUGGCAAGUAUCCCAGGCUGCCCCAGGGCAGGGCUCCAUUGCUGGGUUCCAGUUCUCCUGGGUCCAGGUCUCCAGCAGCACCAGUACUACUGCAGUCUCUGACACACUCAUUUCCCAGACCCAGAUCCUGGCCCCGGAUCAGUACUCUCUGACUGUGGAUCACCUACAGCCAGAGAGUGUAUACAAGGUACAGGUCCAAGCACUGUCAGCAGGGGGCAGCGGUCCCUCUGUGGUAAGGACGUUGCACACACCCCAGCUCAAUGGCACACUGCUAUGAGCCUUUUCCUCUAGUGUUUCAACCUCGGC